AAGCCGCCAUUUUGUUUUCUAGAUCAUUCUGCUGUGUAAUUCAUGCAUGUGUACGAUCUAGAAACCCGUUAAAAAUCCACCUUCAUCGACUUCUCCUGUUGUGAAUUUCGCUUGUACAUUUCAUCAUGACUUCCAUCGGAUCUCUAGCAUUCGAUGAGUAUGGCCGGCCAUUCUUUAUUGUCAGGGAUCAGGAACACAAGACUCGUCUAACUGGGAUCGAAGCUCAAAAGUCUCACAUAAUGGCCGCCAAAAGUGUGGCCCACACAUUGAGGACAUCUCUCGGACCAAAUGGUCUUGACAAGAUGCUGGUUAGUCCAGAUGGUGAAGUGACAGUUACCAACGACGGAGCGACGAUCCUCAGUCAGAUGGACGUAGAGCAUCAGAUUGCCAAGCUGCUGGUGCAGCUGUCCAAGUCACAGGAUGACGAGAUCGGUGACGGGACCACGGGAGUGGUCGUCCUUGCGGGAGCUCUCCUUGAACAAGCCGAGUCCCUCCUGGACCGAGGCAUCCAUCCCAUCCGCAUCGCCGACGGCUACGAGCUGGCCGCCCGCAAAGCCUGCGAGAGGCUGAACGAGAUCAAGGAGGCAUUUGAAGUCAACAAGGACAACCUGGAGCCUCUGAUCGAGACGGCCAUGACCACACUCGGCUCAAAAAUCGUGAACAAGUGCCAUCGGCAAAUGGCCAAGAUUGCUGUGGACGCCAUCAUGGCUGUGGCUGACUUUGAGAGGAAAGACGUGGACUUUGAACUGAUCAAAGUGGAAGGCAAGGUGGGGGGUAAACUGGAAGAUACCAUGCUGGUCAAGGGGGUGGUCAUUGAUAAGGAUUUCAGCCAUCCACAGAUGCCAAAGGAAAUCAAAGAUGUCAAGUUGGCCAUCCUGACGUGUCCGUUUGAGCCCCCGAAGCCCAAGACAACCCACAAGCUGGAUAUCAAGUCGGUGGAGGACUACAAGAAGCUCAAAGACUACGAAGCCAAGAAAUUCACCGACAUGGUCGAACAGGUGAAGGCUACCGGAGCCAAUCUGGCAAUCUGCCAGUGGGGUUUUGACGACGAGGCUAACCAUUUACUGCUCCAGAACAAACUCCCGGCUGUCCGCUGGGUCGGGGGACCAGAAAUAGAGUUGAUCGCCAUAGCCACCGGUGGUCGCAUCGUUCCACGCUUCCAGGAGCUGACGGCCGAGAAGCUAGGCAAGGCAGGCAUCGUCAAAGAGAUGACUUUUGGUACCACCAAGGAUCACAUGUUGGUCAUCGAGGAGUGCCAUAACUCCAGGGCUGUCACCAUCUUCAUCCGGGGAGGCAAUAAAAUGAUUAUAGAGGAGGCGAAACGCAGUCUACACGACGCCCUGUGUGUCAUCCGUAAUCUUGUCCGCAACAAUCACAUCGUCUACGGUGGCGGGGCCGCUGAGAUCGCUUGUGGUCUCGCAGUCAGCAAGGAAGCAGAUAAGAUCUCCACGAUAGAGCAGUACGCCAUGCGCGCCUUCGGUGACGCCCUAGAGUCCAUCCCCAUGGCCCUUGCAGAGAACAGCGGUCUGCAUCCAAUCCAGACGCUAUCGGACAUCAAGUCCAGACAGCUGAAGGAGGGCAACCCUAGGCUUGGCAUCGACUGUAUGGGCAAGGGCACCAAUGACAUGAAGGAGCAACACGUGAUUGAGACGCUGAUCGGCAAGAUCCAACAGAUCAACCUGGCCACCCAGCUGGUCCGGAUGAUCCUCAAGAUCGACGACAUCAGGUCGCAGGUCGGGGGCGGUCAAUGAGGGUCAACGACGGCCAAUAGGAAUCGGUAGAAUUAGAUAAGCUAUCCACCAUGGGUGGAACGCAAUAAGUACAUGUGUUUCACUUGGUCAGUCCGCGGUGUGUCGGUGCAGGGCCUAUUUUGGGUUUCAGAAGUUGGCUUGGAAGGCUUGUGGGCACGACCGUCUUGAAAGUAACUGCGCUUGAAAAUAACUUUGCUAAUUCAUGUAAAAACAAGCGACAUUGCAUAUGAUCGACUGGCGAAAUGCCAAUUGUUUGUCAUUGUCAUGAGGGGCGACACUGCACAGUCACUAUCACAUUUGCAAAUUGAAACCCCCCCCCCCAAA